GCGUCUCCAAUUAUCCAGGAGCACAUCCCUGGAUCUCUGUGCGCUCUUUUUCCUCCUGAUCUACAUUGAUUUGGGGUGAGCUGUGAUCAAUGCGGACGACUCCACAAACUCGCACGUGAAUAACUUAAUGCGAUUUGUGUAUGCGCACAGGAAUCAAACAACAGGCGGAGGACAAACAGAGAAAUACUCCGAUAUGUAGGAAAGUAGGUGUGAGUUUGGGUGUUUUGUGACUAGGACAAGUUGUUCCCUGCGUGUGAUCACCGUGGCUUCACGUGAUGUGUGUGAUCAUUUAUUUCAAUAUGCACCCUGGUCCUCCUCAGUCCCCUUCCAGAUCUGCGCGAUGAUGCCACACACUUCACUUUGCAGAGCUCUCCGCCUGCACCUGUCGGAUGCUAAUGGGAAAUAAUCGACAAGUUUGAGGUGAGAGAAGGAGAGAGAUGUUGGCGGCGGCUCGUUUCAGCACGCUGGACAGCGCUCGUGGAAGUUGGAGAGGACGGCGGCGCGCGGACGCAUGAGGAUUUAAUUGAAAAGAAUUUUUUGGAGGGCAGCAGCUGGAGAGAUGAGCGACGGGUGACCAUGGUUGAUUUGAAAUGCUCAUUACCAACAUCAGGCGCAGGUAACACGAGAGUUCUGGAGUGAGACAUGGACUUUGCUGAAACCAUUUUCGCUUUGUUCAUCGUCGUGGUCGCGGUCGUCUCGCUGUUGUCCAACUUGUUGGUGCUGCUAUGUUUCGUCCACAGCACCGAGAUACGCCGACAGGUGCCCGGCGUCUUCACCAUGAACUUGUCCUUCUGCAACAUACUCAUCACUGUUCUCAACAUGCCGGCCACUCUGGUGGGGAUUAUCAGGGACCAGCAGCCUUUUGGGGAUUGCAUUUGCCACACGGUGAGCUUUCUGGAGACUUUCCUGACCGCCAACACCAUGCUGAGCAUGGCGGCUCUCAGCAUAGACCGGUGGAUAGCGGUGGUGUUCCCGCUCAGUUACUCCACUAAGAUGCGCUACAAGGACGCGCUGAUCAUGGUGUGCUACUCCUGGCUCCACUCCUUCACCUUCUCCCUCACCGCGCUGCUCUUCUCCUGGGUCGACUACAACGACGUGUACGCGUCCUGCACCCUGCAGCCGAGCCAGGAGGGCGCCGACAGGAUUAAGUUUACAAUCUUCACCGUCGUUUUCCACGCCACCAGCUUCAUGCUCUCCCUGCUCAUAUUGUGUUUCACCUACUUGAAGGUGUUGAAAGUCGCCAGGUUUCACUGCAAGAGGAUUGACAUUAUCACCAUGCAGACUCUUUUCCUACUGGUCGACAUUCACCCAAGCGUGAAACAGAGAUGUUUAGCAGAGCAAAAGAGGAGAAAGCAGAGAGCCACAAAGAAGAUAAGCAUCUUCAUCGGCUCAUUCAUCAUCUGCUUUGCUCCUUAUGUAAUUACAAGGUUGGCCGAGCUUCUACCCUUCGUGGAUAUCAACCGCCACUGGGGAAUCAUCAGUAAGUGCCUGACAUACAGCAAGGCUGCAUCCGACCCCUUUGCCUACUCCCUCCUACGUCAGCAGUACAAGAAAGUCCUGGUUACUGUCGUCAACAGGCUGCUCCGCCGUGACCUGUACCCCUCAUCUGGCCAUAACAGCUCUUUAGACACAGAGAACGACUACUGUCUCCAGAGGAUCAGCUAAUGGCAAACGCGCGGACAUGGCAGAUACACACCACGGGCCAAAAAUAAAGGUUGCCUCUUGGAAGAAGGUGGGCGGAGGAAAAGAAUGAGGAGAGAGACGGAGAGGACAGGAUAUUGUUAGGAAGUGAAAAGAGAGCAGAUAGAGGGGACAGAUUGUGGGUGGGGGGCAAAGAGAGAGCAGAAAUAAGGAAGACGGUGGGUGGAGAAGAAUGAGGAGACAGUAAUGAGGGGGAGGAUGAAGGUGGCAAAGGGGAAGACAGGAAGACAGAUAUGGAGGGACGGGGACGAUGUGGAGAUGCUGGCCUCAGACAGUAUCUGUAAACAAGAGAUCUGUGAUUCAUCGGCACAUAAAACCACACAGUUGCACACACAGAUCAGACAAAUCAAUUUCAUCGAAUAAGUCGUGGGUUCAGAUUAAUCCCUAACUGAAGGACCACGCAGCUGGAGACAUUCCCCUUCUUCCGUCUGAGUGACAUGUAUAAAGUGGCCUUUUGUACUGUACCAACCACUUUGUAAUGAUUUUUGACAAAUCCACAUGUAGUGACCUUUCCUCUGCCACAAAACGCAGGGACAGAGCUCGAAGCCGAUGGUCGAUAGGCGCUGGAGUGAAGACGUGAAAUGAAGGAAAGACUGUGUUGCUCCUGCUUCUGGAUAAUCUACUCUUAGGUGUGAAAGCUCAACUGCUGCACAUUGUUGCCAUGUUCUGUAUUGACCAUGUUAGACUAUUUCGCAGUGUCAUGUCAGUCACUGAAUAUUGAUGCACUUUGUCUAAUUCUCUCAGAGCUACUAUAGUUACAGGAGCCAAAGGCAAAUAACAUGUACACCAUGAUAUUAAAUGGUGAGGCUGGUUAUGUUCUAUAUUUUUGUUAAUGUCAACAAGUGCCGUGAGAAGACCAAAAUUGUGUUACUACAUCUAUUUAUUUUUAUUCAUUAAUAUUUUUUUAAUAUUUGUUUUGUUGUUUGCAUUUUUGCCUUCAUUUAAGGGGUAUGAUGUGCAACACAGGUUUUCGGCCUGAAUCAAAUUGUCAAUCAAACAUUGCAAAAAUACCACAUGUUAUGCAUCUAAAUUAUUAGCAUACAACGGUUCCUAUGAUAUCUAAGAAUUAACGCCCCACGAAUUGCGUUGUUACGUCAAAUACUGAAUGUAAAGUUGUGUACUUAACCAUAAGUUACGUAUAAGUACAGUUUGGUAGGUUUGGUUUAGCAAAAGAAACAUGGUCAGGCACAUUAUGCACAUAAUGUAGAGUUAUGAACUGAACGUAAUGUACGUAAUGUGAAGUAACCAACUUAACGUGAAAUACUUACGGUAAAGUUACAUAGGUUAGGUUUGUGAAAAGAAACAUGGUGAUGAUGUACCUUAAAAUAACUUAUACUUAACUUGAUUUCACAAGGGACAAGAACACUGGUCUCCUGGUGGAAAGUCCUGUGUUUUUGACCCAUCCACACCCCCAACCUGCCUCCUUACAUGGACUUUUGGUCUUUACACUACUUCCUUAUUUUUUCCCAUCAGCCAACCUGGUCUCAUUCCAAAGUUGUCGUAUAUCGGUGCUUGGGCAGUGACUUUCCGCAUCAGACACUGAUGAAAAAAAAAGUGCUUUCAUGUCGACAUGAUACAUGGCCGAGCACCAUCAGUGUGCCUGACAGUGUCAGGGGGAAAUGCGGCAAGACAACAACGUAAGAUAAGGGGGCAAAAAGUCUGUGACGGGUGGGUGGGAAUGGUGGUGGGUGGGUCAAA